GUCACAGUGUUUGUGUUUACAUUUGAUUCUUAGGUUGGAUUUCGUGUUAUAAUACAAUAUAUAGUUAUAUAUACAAUUAUAUAUAUUAUAUAUAUAAUUAGUGGAAUUAAAACCCUGAUAUUGAUUGCAAACAGCGAUGUCCGAAAGUGACGAUGAUUCUAUUCAAGUAACCCAGCAUUGGGGCGAAAUUUCAGACGAAAGUUUCGAAGAUAGUGCCACUGUUUCUUGCCUCUUGGAAGAUAUUAAACGAAGCAUGCAACGUAAUUGCCUAGAUGCAUAUCCGGAUGAUGGAAAUGCCCAGACUGUUUCGGACAUUUCCAUUCCUGCUUUUGACCCGCUAGUCCUGCACGCCAUCGAGCUUCAUAAAUGGAUGAGUAAAAUGAAAGAAGCGAUUAGAGUGGCAAAGGAGAGCAAAAGUCGCACUAAAUCUUCUAUAGAAGACGCCAGGAUUCCCAUUCCAGAGAUGCCCAAUACUGCGCUUUUGAGCUUCAUCUCCCAUGGUUCUUCAAAAAAGUUCAAUGCAGAUGUGGACUUUCCAGAAUUAAGCGAUGCCAUUGUUAAGCAGAUGUUGCCUAAGUGUGUUGCUAUAAUGGCUGCUCAGAUCGGUUUGGAAGACUCAUUUCAAAGUGUUCUGGACGUGAUGGUGGAUGCGUAUGAGCAAUGUCUCAUCAAACUAUGUGAUAAAGUCAGUUCAGCCUAUCGUGAGCAAGAGGUUUUAAACAGCAAAGGUUUUCCAAACCUGAUUGAGAGGGUUUUGGUGGAGUUGGGGUUCGGCGGCGCCAAAGGUUUGCACAAUUUUUACCAAUCUAGAGUGGUUAAAUAUGCACUUUCGCUUCAAAAACGAUGCAAGAAGCUAGAAAACGAAUAUCUAGACCUGCUGGCACCCAAGUCUAAAACGCCUACAGAAGAUGAAUCGAGCUUCGCUGGUGAACCUACAGGAGAUACAUUGGAAAGUGGGAGUAGUGAGGACGAAAUCACCUUGCAUAGCAGCCAAUAUUUCAGAGACCCAGAAACUAUAGACAUGAUUCUUCAAUAAUCUUCCACAUUGAACAACGGGUAACAAUGAUGAAAGUUUUCCCUUGGUUGGACUGAAGGCAGCAGGUUUGCUAUCGUUUAAAUCGAAAUAUUAAUUAAAUAAUUUAACGAAGACA